GGUAUAAAUGAGACGGUGUCUUCGAGACAGAUUCAUCCAUCUAUAUGCCAACCUCUGUCAUACCCACCAAUCCGUCCCACAUGUGUUGGUAACUUGAUUAUUGGUCGAAUGCUGACGGAAUUGACUCCGAGACCUGCAUGUGCCAUCUGUCUGCUACACUCGGCGGUUGUCAGUGUGGUUGCACGAAACGUUCAUUGGGCUGCAGAUCGAUAUUCAAUAUUGUCAAGUGCCAAAUCAGAUCGGAACGAGUUAUCAAUGUUUUGACGUGUUGUUCACAUUAUACAGUCAUGCUCCAAGUUGACUGGAGCAAGGAUGAUGAACUCGAUCUAGUAUAUGGAUAGAUGGAUUGAAGGGAUGCCUGAAAAAUCAACAGCUGCAGGAUGUAUGUAG